AGGCCUACGUAUAUCUGUGUUUUCUUCUCUUAUAGGUUUAAUAAACUUACCAGGAACUGUGUUUAGUAAUAUACUGAGUAGCUUCUGUAUUAAGAAAUUCAACUUAACUCAAUUUGGGCUUGGCAGAAUGUUGGUAGCCAUUGCUACAAGUACUUUUCUUUUCGCCAUUUCUCUUUUAUUCAUCGGAUGCUCUAAUCCAGCGCUUGCUGGUGUUACAACACAUUACAAUUCUUCAUCUAGCCAAGGGUUGUUACCAAACUUAAACAACUCCUGCAAUUCCAACUGCGCAUGCCCGGAGAACUAUUAUAGACCUGUGUGUGGUUCUGACGGAAUCACGUAUAGUAGUGCUUGUCAUGCUGGAUGUACUGAUGUAUGGAGAGACGGUAUGACAGAUCUAAAUGAAUUACGGCUAUCCACCAACGAUACGAUUUAUAUCGGGUGCAGCUGUAUAGCCACUACUGAUGAAUGGAACACUACAAACUGGUUGAUUGAAGGCGGAAUUGCCACCCUAGGAUCAUGCGACUGGACCUGUGAUAAACUUAUUCCGCUUGUCUUGAUUGUGCUGGUAAUAUCAGUGUUUGUUUCUAUGAGACCUAAUCCGGCUAUAAUGCUAAUGUUGAGAUGUGUUGAAUCAAGUGACCGUGCCCUGGCAGUUGCUUUUGGCGGUGUUGUAGGUAGAGUGCUAGGCUUCUUUCCUGCCCCGAUUUAUUUCGGCGCCACUAUUUCCAGCACUUGUUUGAUCCACCAAGAAUCGUGUAGUCGUGGAGGAGCGUGUCUCGUCUACGAUCUUGAGCGAUAUCGCUACUCAUUCAUCGGUCUGUUCGUUGGGUUGAAACUUUUAGCAGUUGUCCUCUCAAUGUGCACCUAUUGUAGCAUAAACCCCGAUCGUUUUGAGAAAAACAAGGAAAAGGCGGUGUCUAUGAAAGCUCUUGCAGAAGGACAGUAACAUAUCGUAUAUAGAGAAUAAUAGUUAAGAUAUAAUCUUACGCGAAAUACUAUAUAAUAAAUAUAUAUAGGCCUAUCAUAUUAUUGCGUGCGUAGGCCUACAUUUUACUAAUCGAUUUUAAUAUCAUUAAUAAACGCAUGGUUGACAACGUAUAGGCCUAUCCAGAAUAUGAUGUCUGUAUUUAGAUUUUAAAGCUUUUGAUAACGCAAACUGACACUGAAAUACUACAUUAUCAUUCAUUGAUUCAUAUGUACAUUUAUUUAUCUUUUCAAUCAAUCGCUGAAAAAGGAAAUAUGUUUUACCACGAAACUAAACAGGAUUGCUUCUUUCCAUUUGUUGUAACUAUAGGCCUAACUAAACUUCAUUGUAUUAGGCCUGUUUAUAUUGUUUGAUACAAACUUGCUUUAUUUUCAUAAAAUACAAGUGCCAUAUAAAAAGAAUGAGGAUGAUAAUCAUGACGGUUAUGAUAAUGAAGAUGAUGUGAAAUUGUUAUAUCGAUAAUAAACCAAGUACAAUGAAUGUAAACUUGCGAGCUUUCGUCGAUGUUAACAUGAUAAAAGAGUUCUAGAGCUAUAGGCAAACCAGAUGAAAAUAUUCGAAUAUUGAUGAAGAUAACGGCGAUGAUGAUAAUGAUACUAUGAGAGCAAGAGUUUAGCAAAGAGUCCAGUCCACACGAUAUAAUAGUGGCUAGCCCAUUCUUUUUAUCUGCCCGUAAAUACGAUUGAAUAUCGGUUCGUCCUUUACUGUAAUGUUCAGUGGUAUUAAGGUUAUCCACACUAAUGGUCUUGGUAUUCUCAUGGUAGCACUUUCUAUCUGUUAAGUACCUCAACAAAAGCAGCAUCGCGGUCGGAGUCACAGCCGCAGUGGCAACGGCGCUUGGUAGCGGCAGCGAAAACGGAAGCGUCAGAGCAACAACUGGCAGAGAAAUUAAAUCUAGUUUGGUUACAUUGCCUGCAUAUGAAAUAAGACCUGACUGGGCACUGUUAACUACGUACUCUCUGUUCCAUGGGAGUGCAUUCAAAUUGAACAGGAAAGUAAAGAAAUAAUAAGUGCUAAAUCGAGUUUGAAUAUCAUAAGUAAUAUUAUUAUAAUACAAACAUUACAGAACAUUCAUAGGCAGAGACCAAUAUAUGAUUUCAGAUAUCAAUCACGUGGUUAACAGAGAUGAAUGGAUGACAAUACAAUGGACCUUUCUGGUGUGUCAAUCAUACAACUGACCAAUGAGAACAAAGCUAGAAAUAUGCACUUGUUCCAGUAAAAUCAGUGGCGUAACGCUUAUGCGCUCUCAUGCGGCAGUCCGCAGGGCCCCCGACCCAUAGAGGCCCUGAAAAGGUGACCCCUAACCACAUAUGGUCCUCGAUCUAGCACCCAGACCCAAAAGGGCUUUGUUGAUACAUAAGAGCAUAAUGUGUCUCUGAAAUCGACUGUAUAUCAUAUUAUAUCCAGUGGCCGCGAAUUUUAGAGGCCACUACAUUUUAUAAUUUAUAGUCUGUGAGUGCCAUUUCCGGCCAUUUAGAGGCGCCGUAUUCAUAAAUUAUAUAACUUCAGCCCCAACCAUGGUGGGUCUGAGGUGGAACUGACCCUUUGUCAGUGAAAACCUCUCCCUGGGCCCUAUUAAACAUCCCUGGAUUCGCCACUCACAUCAACAUAUUAUUUUGUCAAUAAAAACAUUUAGAAUGCAAUGAAAAACAUAAUUAAAAAUG